AUGAACAACGACACUGACGAUAUGCACCCCAUGGCUUUUUUCGAGUUUCCCGAGGAGAUGCGUGUCACCGAAGUUGAGAUAGGGAGUGCUUUGAGUUACGAUUGCGAAGACCAAUUCUACCAGCAGAACUUUUGGGCCCCAAACAGGGCAAAUGCCGCAUUUCACAGGAACCAGACUUUCACCGACCCCUCAGACGACGCAGCACUUCCAAGAAGGCGACUGCAGUUUAAUGUCGGGAUGUUAUGGGAACAUUUACUUCGGAAUCGGAUUGUAAUCGUGUUCGUGGUAGUAAAAGAACUACAAGUUAGUAAAUUAUAAACAAUUUAGUAGUGAACCACCUGUACCUGAGCAUCUUCAUCUCUCUACUGCUUUAGACUUCCGUUUUCUUCUGCUCAUCUUAUCUCUAACCCCCAUUUCUUCCGGUGGCAAAUGCCAAUCCUCCGAUGUUACGCCGCACACACCCCGCUCUCUCGCAUCGUGCAAGAAAAUCGAUAAAUGGUGCUACAAAGAGAGGACUGGGUUUGACCAAGAUGCAAAUCCUGCCAUCCCAGACGAUAAGCAGACCAAAACAACGAACGCAACUGGCCACGAGUUCAUUGUAUCCGAAAGAGGUGAAGACUUUAGGACGAUUUAAUUUCUCUCUCUCUCUCAUCACUACACAACGAGCUUCAUCUCCAGACACACCAUCACGAUCUUCACAAGACGCACUGCACUUGCUACCUUCAAUGUAAUGGUGCCUACUUCUUAUGCUAUUAUAGUGGAGUUGGAGUUGGACGUAAACGUACUAUUUCGAUUUUUCUUCUUUGUAUUCUCUACAGUAGAGUUGGACGUAAACGUACUAUAGAUUUUUCUUCCUCCUCGUUCAUCCCUCACGUCGACGUAUCGAUCAAGCGUUGUCCACGCGCCUUUACUGGGAAAACUCUCGUAAUAGAAUGGCCCUAUUGGGGUGCACUGCCGCAACGCUAUACGAUACGGGAGAUUCGGGUUAGAGGUUACGUUUUACCAGAUAACUACGAUUCCAACGCGGAUGAUAUGCCUUAUGAAGGACAAGAACUCAUUUUGCUCUACCCUUUCACAACUGGGAGUGCAUGUACUGGACAGCUAGGACAACUCUCUCACUUCCAACGAUGAUGUGGCAGGUCUACUUUGAAUACUCAACAACGUGCUGAUGUUGAUGACGCAACAUUGCGUUUUUAGCGUUCAUGUAGUUUCUGACUGUGAUUCAUUAUGUCGUGGAAGAUCAUCAGUUUCUUGAGUCGUGUUCUUGUUGUCUUCUAGAGCACAGCUACUUCUAGACGUCACAAACUUCUCUUCUAAUCCCCCAACGAAGGCGAACAAGAUGACACCGACCCUUCUGUGGACAGCGACCCUUCAGCUGUCACCGGUGACUCAGAUAGCACAACAGCUAAGGAUGAGGCCGCGAAAAAGACAAGUACCCUGGGAACUGACAUUGCCCGUUUUCUAUUCAUCAUGAUAGCUUCAUUUGCGGUUGGAGGACUCGGAAGUUUCCUAUUUUUUUCAUCACAGACGAGUUGUACUUCUUCUUCUGGUACAACAGAGGAAACGACUGUAGCUGCACCAACAUCAAGACCUCCCAAUUAUGCAGCACCAGCGGAUGGACUAGCAGAGCCGUUGAUAGAAUUAGAAGCAGACUCAAGUCCUCUCGUAGAUGAUCCACCGCUAGCUGUCGACGAGUUGUCAGGUGAGGCAGCAGUGUCAGAGUCAGCGGAGCCAGGAGAAGCAGCUGACGUCCAACCCGCUGCAGAGGCCUCUGGAGCAGAAGAAUCAGCUGGAAGUGAUGCGCCGGCCUCUGGAGCGGAGGAGUCAACUGGAGGUGAAUAUGCACCAGGAGAAGCUGCUGACGCACCAGGAGCUUCAGGAGGUGAACAAGAAGCCCAGCAGCAGGUGCCUGAAUCUGGUGGAGACCCAGGAGAAAAUGCUUCUCCUGAAGCAUGAUACAUGAAGUAAUACUUCUCCAAGAGCAAAACUUUGUUGAUUUUCGAGUUGGAGAUUCGUUUACGCAUGAGAACAUCAUUUGCAUGGUGAUAAUACUCUCAAUCUAGCGCGGGAGGUGGAGGUGCCCUUAUAUCUAGUUACGUCUUCAAG